AUGGUUAAGUUUCAAUUAAAGACAAAUGAAGUUUUUUGGCUGAAUGCUGUGAAGACAAAUGAAGUUUUGAUGGAGGAGAUCACAGAGCGUGACGAAGGUGCUCUCAAGUAUUUUAAAGAUAUCAAUUGGUGCAGGAUUGAAGAGCUCAAGGGGCUCGAGCUUCAAGUCUUUGUUUUAGGAUAUGAUUCUUUAGCUUCAUAUUGUGUAUGUGCAAAGAGAUUUGAUUCUUGUUUUAUUGUUCUGGUGUUUGUGGUGUGGAAAUUCUUAUUGCUGACUAUUUGUACUUCUCAAAUAUCGACCUUAGCUGCUCCUACAGCUCUUCAGAAGCUAAGAGAGAACUUUCCUAGGCUUCAUGUGUACACUGGGACAAUCGACCCCACAGUAAAUGAGAAGAGGUUUAUAAUUCCUAGAUUUGGAGAUGCAGGAGACCGUAGAUUUGGAACAUAA